AGUUGUCUGCAGUGUUUUUUUUUCAAGGACAAUCGCGGACGUCUCACGCCCAGCAAUCUCCCUUCUGGUCCCACCCAAUCCACUUCGCAAGCCCCGCCGCACACUUCUUCCCCCUGCCUCCAAAAACUCAGAAAACCCUGACCGCCGGCGGCGGCCAUGCUUCUCCACCACCGCCUCCUCCCUCGCCUACUUCUUGUUCCUUCCACACAUACCUCCACACUCCUCUGCCCCUCCCGUUUGCCGCGCCGCCUCUCCCUCUCGCCACGCUUCUACGCGCUGCCCCACCUCGCGGCACCCCAGACCGUCGACCACUCCGACGAUGAGGGGGCACCCCAGGGGGAGGGGCAGAUCAAGCUCCCGCUCGACCAUCUCUUCGUGCCGCCCGGGGCAACAAUGGAUGCGGGGGACCAGGAGGCCGUGAGCGCACGGGUGCUUAAGGGCUCCAACAUCGUGCUGGGCCCAUACGCGCGCGGCGACGCACAGGUGGUCAACGCAGAUUUUGUAAAGAGCAGCGUGCGUCCCGAUGACUGCCCUCGGGACGGCCUUCCGGAGUUUGCACUCGUUGGCCGGUCCAACGUCGGCAAAUCGUCGCUGCUCAACUCGCUUGUCCGCCGCAAGCGCCUUGCCCUUACCUCCAAGAAGCCUGGGAAGACCCAAUGUAUCAAUCAUUUCAAAGUAAAUGACAGCUGGUAUCUUGUUGACUUGCCUGGUUAUGGAUAUGCUUCUGCACCACAGGAAGCUCGUACCAAUUGGGAUGAAUUUACUAGAAAUUACUUUCUCAGUCGGGAGAAUUUGGUAUCUGUUUUUCUUCUUAUAGAUGCAAGUAUACCUGCCAAGAAGAUUGAUCUUGACUAUGCUAGUUGGCUUGGCCAAAACAAGGUUCCCAUGACCCUUGUGUUCACAAAAUGUGACAAGCGCAAGAAGAAGAAGAACGGCGGCAGGAAACCUGAAGAAAACGUGGAAACUUUCCAGGGCCUAAUCCGCGAAUACUUCGAGGCCGCGCCUCCUUGGAUCAUGACGAGCAGCGUGACCAACCAGGGCCGCGACGAGAUACUCCUGCACAUGUCUCAGCUUAGGAAUUAUUGGCUCAAGCAUUGAGAUGCAAUGAUAACCAAACCAGGGCGAAGCAACUAGAACAGCAUGCAAAGCACUGUCGUCCAUUGAUGCAUGGACAUUCAGCAGUCGGCGCCUCCGCAAUCAGGCGUUCGCACCAACUAAUCCAGCCUUUUGAGCUGUUGACUGUCCAAUAUGGCCCCCUGUACAUGAUUACCCAAUCAACACUCUGGGGAUGCGGACAAGGUGCUAAAAUCAGCUGAUCAUGGUUUUUUUCUUUAUUUCUAUUGUGUACACGUACAAUCCCAACCAACGUUUUCCCCUUGUUCCCAUCUGAUUAUAGGCUUGUGUAUACUGUGGGGUUAAAUGAUUAAUAAAUUCUGGUGUUAGCUAAUCACCAGCGGGAAUCUCAC